ACCGUACUCUGAGAGGCUGGAACGCAAAGUAAGUGCUGCUCUAUUUUCUUUUUGUUGACAAAUUUAGAGCAGUUCCGGCCUUCACACUGGAAAAGCCGCUACCUCACUUAUGUUAGCUUUAUCAGGCUGCCGAAGAUUUUGGAUUGUGUUAUUCAAGCUCUUACAUCGGCUCCGAGUGAGUCUUUUGCAGCAAAACGCCUGGGUUGGGUGCACCUCGCUUGUCAUGACCCGUGCAUUCCUACAAUUUCCAUUUCGUCAUGGGAGACACCUGUGACCUGUCACGUUGCUUAAUAUCGUAGAGAAAGACAUUUCGACGCCGAGUUCGCGUUUCUUGUCGGCGAUGAGAAGACGCCCGACGAAGUCAUCUACCUCGCAGUUGGCCUGUAGUUUUCUGGGUUCAAGAGCGUCAUUGGGUGGUCGACGACGCUGUUGCAAAACGCCUCGUGGAAGCUUUCUACCGGAACAUGUUCGAGGAUGGUGGUGUCAUGGAUUAUACGAAGGCGGCACGGGCGCUCAGCGCUCAGGACUCAACUACGGUACGAAGAGGAAGGCGCCGCUCGAGCAGGAGAUUGAUUUCAUUCAUAUUGGGGGUAUUUCCUUCCAUUUGGUACAAGUCGCUGAUCUUGGUUUUCAUCCCGCCGGUCGUCCUUGUUGUAGGACUCGCUUGAUGCCGCAUUGCGUCCUUUAUCGAUCGCAUGUAUGGUACCAUCAUAUACGAAGAGUCUUUGCGACUUCAAAGCUUUAUAAAUUCAUCACCCAAGUUAUUUCAAGUAUGGUCUUCAUACACUGCGUAGGGAGAACACGCCUCGCUCUACCGCUCAAGAGACUCGCCCAGCACUUUAAGCUAUACAUGGUUGGCGCGCGCCCAAACUCAAAUGCUUGGCAUCAUUGAAGGUGUACAAAACUCUACCUACAGGAGGAUCGACGUUGACGAGUAAAACAUUUUGCUGCUCACAGAUGUACAUCGAAGAAUGUCAGCGUAAGCAAGGAAUGUCAGGAUGCACGGAGAUCUUCAGCAAGAGACAGAAACUAGCGCUUCAUUUCCUUCUUAUCUUGUACCGAGAUACAUUCAUCCUUCUCACUCGAAAGCAUUU